UUUUUAGGGCUAGAAAGCGAGCGAGGUCUGGCGCUGCGCAUAGCAGUCGUGCCAUCGGGAAAAGACAAUAUCACCCGCGCGCUGAAGAGACACAUCAGAGCCCCUCAGGCACAGCAGCUCAAGUGGUCGACUGAUACAGUGGCUGAUACACAAGAAGGGGGACAAGGAAGCAGGAUCGCGUAGAAAAAUAAGGAUCAGCUGAUUUCCUCAUGUUUGGAUAUGAUCGCUGAACGGUCGUCAAUGCGUAACGCUCAACACUCCCUCAUGUGAGGGUGUAGAAUGGAAACAACCCUCUACCCAGGCACCGUGGUGAAUACUCCGAGGGUCUCCAGCACUUAUCCCCAGAGCACGAUGAUGAAGAAAGACAUUAAUCUGAACUUGGAAGACCAUAACUCCGAGCUCAAACAAAAUCCGCUCCGGGACGCAGACGGACUCCUCAACUCUCCAGACUUGGGACUCUUGAAACUAACCUCUCCGGACCUGGAGCGCCUUAUCAUCCAGUCAAACGGUCUGGUCACCACCGCUAACCCGAGCUCCCAGUUCCUCUACCCGAAGUCAGCCAGUGACGAGCAGGAGUUCGCGGAGGGUUUCGUGAAGGCGCUGGAGGAUCUCCACAAGCAGAAUCAGCUGAGCGAAGCGGGGUGCGUCUCCGUGGACAGACUGGAGCUCCUCGGUUCCGCCAACACCGUCGGGUCCUCCGGACUUCAGACAUCAGACCUUCCUGUUUACACUACUUUGAACGGCUAUGCGGCCAGUCCGCUCGGAGCCACCACCAUCAACUACUCCACGGACACCAUCCCCUUCCCGCCGCCUCCGUCUCAUCUGGCCAGCGCGCAGCAACAGGCUGCCGCUGCGGCUGCUCUGUCACGACUCCAGACCGCCGGCUUGGUGAAGGACGAGCCUCAGACUGUACCAGACAUGCAGAGCUUUGGGGAGAGCCCCCCGCUGUCCCCCAUUGACAUGGACAACCAGGAGCGCAUCAAGGCGGAGAGGAAAAAGCUGCGCAACAGGAUAGCCGCCUCCAAAUGCCGCAAGAGAAAACUGGAGAGGAUCUCUCGGCUGGAGGACAAGGUCAAGAGCCUGAAAACGCAGAACACCGAGCUGGCCUCCACAGCCAGCGUCCUCAGGGAGCAAGUGGCCCAGCUGAAGCAGAAGGUGAUGAACCAUGUCAGCAGCGGAUGCCAGCUUUUACCAAACCAGGUCCAGGCUUACUAAACCCCAGUAAUGGUGCUCUUUGUGGAUGUUUAUACAGCUCUUAAUGUGCUCUGAGGAUACAGGCCUGUAUUAUGAGGAAAUAUUUGCCUUUUAUAGCAUAAAUCCUUAUCAGAGACUUUAUAUGAGGCCAUUGUAAAUGCACCCUCCAGAUAAAGCCUGUAGAAACAAACAGGCAUUUGCACUGCACAGUGUAAUGACCAGGUCUUGAUGAGGAGAGCAAGUGUACUGGAAUAAUGGCAGGUUAACCAGGAGCAGGUGUGGGCUGGAGACUCCUUUGAAUCUUGUAAAUCUGGCAGUGUUACAAAAUGACUUGUUUUGUUGCCCUAAUUUUGUGGGGGAAAGCCAUGUAGCAAACUGCUAUCCAGUGGACUGGUGUAGGAUAGCAUAUAUCUGUAUGUAAGCUGGACAAUCUCAACAAGAGUGCAACCAAACACCAGGGUGUCACCAAGUGCUGUCACCCAACUGUGUAAUAUAAUGCCUUACUUGUUUACAAGCACUUAGCAAUGACAAAUAUAUAUUUUAUUUACUGAAACAUUUCUUAUUUUACAUAUGGUCUUACUUGUUCUUUUUUUUUUAUUUUGCAAACAUGAACACUGCAUGUCUUGUCGCUUUUGUGUACAGUAACCAUUGUAUUUUUCAUUAUGGUGGCUGCUGUGUAGUCGAGUCGCCAAACUUCCAUGAAUGUAUGUGUACGUGCUGAGAAACCUUAUCUAUUCAUGUGUAAUGGACUUUCAAGUCUCUACCUGACAUUUAUUAAAUUCACUACAUUACUAAA